UCCGUCCCUCGAACAUUCCUGCCUGACAUUUUCAGCCGCAUAACAUGCUUGUUGUGCCAUCAGCCGAUUCGCCGCGGCUGGUCAUUUAAGGAUUUCGACACAUGGACAUGAAAAUUUUCGGCAACGAACGAUGGUAGGGCGUAAUGCACAUCGCGCAAUUCGGGCUAUAUAUAUAUUCAUCAGCCGUAUAUUGGAUCAGUCACCUGUGAGCCAUCUCGGAUCAUCUCAUUUUCUUAAAAGAGAGAGAGAGAGAAAGCGCAAAACUCAACCAUGAAGCUGAUCAUUGCCUUUGCUGCCGUCGUCGCUGCCGCCCUCGCAAGGUCUCCUCCUCUUAUCCUACCUGCGCAGCCAGACUACAAUCAGGUGGUCCUCGUGAAGGAGACGCCUCUGGACAAUAUCGGCAUCGACGGAUAUCAAUUCGGUUAUGAACUCUCCAACGGCCAGGCUCACCAGGAGACGGCCCAGCUGGUGAACGCCGGCCAGGAGAACGAGAGCCUCGCCGUCCGCGGUAGCUUCACCUACGUCGACCCGGCCACCAACGUCAGGUACACCGUCAACUACGUCGCCGACGAGAACGGAUUCCGCCCCGAGGGAGCGCAUCUGCCUUCCGCCUAAAUUUUAGCGCGAACAUCAUCUGCAAAAAUUUCAUAAGCAAAUUCCUUCACACAAUUCAAUCUCCCAAUCUUCGAUCGUAUAGCGAUCUCGCGACUUAUUAGUUUGAAAAUAAAUUCAUUUUUCACAUAAUUCUUGUCGUUUUUUAACCUCGCGCUUCCUUUUUAUAUUUCCAACAAUGUUAUUUCGAUUUUGUUAAUAGAUAAGUAACGUUAAAAUAGAAAAUGAAGCUAUAUUGUUAAUCAAUGUUUGGCUGAUGCAAAUGAUCUUUAAUUGAUUCGAUUAAUUUUCUCAACCUAUAAUAGAAUUCAACGAAUUGUGCAGUACACUGUAGAUAUAUGUUACAAAAUUUUUAAUGCAUAUCUGUAUCUUUUGA